AUGUGACGUACUGUAGCGGUUGGGUUAAGUGGGACUGUAACUACUACAGUGUAAGCGGUUGGAGUUCGCUGAACUAUUUCUUGCAUAGUACAUGAAGUUACCGAUACACGGGUCCUGCUUUUGGGGAAAACUUCGAAGUGUUUAGAGCGAAUAACAAUGCAUAUAAUAUUUACAAGUAAAUAAUGGACAUCAUGUCAUAGCAAUUUGAAAUGGCGAUGGACUUGGCAUGUGUCUAGGAGAACCUGGGAUGACAGUUGAAACUUCAGAGUUUUUAUGAAAAUCACAACUUUCUUGCCUUGAGUCCAGAAGGCAUUGCCAAAUCACCCAAGCAACAUUCUCUCUGUCAUGGCAUCAUCCAGUCUAGCUUUGAGAGAAAGUUCAUUUCAAAUGGUCAGUGUUGCCAGGGAAACUGGUCUGGGCCUGAAUAUUGAAGGAGGAAUCAACCGAGCUGAAGGACCCAUGGUGUUUGUAAAAGAAAUUUUGCCUGGUGGGGACUGUCAUAAGGAUGGUCGACUGAAUCCUGGGGACCAGCUUGUGACUGUGAAUAAAGAAUCUUUAAUUGGCGUGACAUUUGAAGAAGCAAAAAGUAUACUAACCAGAGUGAAACUAAGGUCAGAUCCAAAAUGGGAGAUUGCAUUUAUUAGAGGAAAAGGCAGCUCAAAUUACGGUAGUAACCCAGAGAGCCCUGUUUGUGUUUUUCCAGAGAAAGGACAUCUCCAGAUUACAGUAAGGCAUAAGCCUCCCUCAACCUCUGCUGGCAGCAUUGUCAGUAAAAUGUCAUCAACAUUGGCUACUGCAAGGGAAAUCUUGUCAGCAGAACCUUACCAAGUCAAAUCUGAAUGUGGAAAAGAAGAACAGUGCACAGGAAUUUCACUGGCUAGCAAGCAGGACAAAUUUUGUAUUUCUGCUGUUCCAUCCAAGCAGUCAAAUGUUGCUACAUCUGACUCAGAAAAUAUUACCCUAAAUCCUGCAACUCGUUUAAAGGUUGAGGAACUGGAAAUGGCUUUAAGCUAUCUAGGGUUAGACCCCACAAAAGAACAGCAGCAGAUUCUCAGACAGCGCUUACAGAGUAACUCCAAGGGAACAGUCGCAUAUAAAGACUUUGUUGAAGUUGCUAAAGAUCUGUUUCAUGUGCACUUGGAUGAAAGUGGAAUUUAUCAAGGAUCUACGCUGUUUAACGCUAAUGAAAUUGCCAGUCCACUAGAACCUUCUAAGGUUGCAACUUCUGGUAUAUCAGGAGAAGAUGAUAUUGAAAAACUAAGAAAUGAAAAGAAUGAAGCAUUGAAAGAACUAAAGCAACUGAAGGAAGAACUGGCUAAUUCGGACUGCAGAACCAAACAGUUGUCAGAGGAGCUGCAGUGUGUCCAGCAGGAAUGCAAGGCUGCUGUGGAAGAGACACGAGCCUUACGCAGCAGAAUCCAUCUUGCUGAAGCUGCUCAGAGGCAAGCACGAGGAAUGGAGAUGGACUAUGAAGAGGUGAUACAUCUCUUAGAGGGUGAAAUCACAGAGUUAAAGGCACAGCUUUUAGAGCAUUCUGGCCAAAGUAAAGAAGGCAUACCAGAUUUGAUGAAGAGAAUUACAGUCCUUAAUUGUCAACUCAGGAAAUCUGAAACUGCCAAGAAAACCUGUGAAGUGUGUACUGAAAGACUGUUGCAUUUUGUGGAGAGUAUACCAGAAGUGCUUGCAGAAGAUACAGGCUCCUUAACAAAUUUAAGCAUUAAAGACAGAGGACUUGUACCAUCUUUGCAAACUGCCCUUCCUCGAUUAAGAUGGAGUGGACACCCCACUAUGGCAUCUGUUGCAGCUGAAGCCAAGGAACUAGCAAGGUCCAUUAGAAGUAUCCUGGAAGUGGACAGUUUACCUUAUGGUUGGGAAGAUGCUUACACAGCAGAUGGAAUCCGCUAUUUCAUUAAUCAUGUGACUGGAACACGUUCCUGGAACCAUCCUGUGAGUGGUACCCCCAGUAUGCCAUUCUCCUCUGAGGGAACUGGUGAGGAGUUCAGCAGGCAUAUCUCAGAACCCAAGAGCUGAGUAAGGAAAAGAGACAAGAUCAUCUAUGGUAUUUUACCUGAAUCAUAUGAAAUCUCUUAUUGGCAAAAGCAGAUAAACUGAUCACAUGCAAUGUCAAAUAUAAUUUUUUUAAAGGAGCCCAAUAAGUAUUCAAAAAUGUCUACUGCCUUUUUUAACAUUUCUUUAUAUUCCGUAAUGUUACAAGUGUAAGGGAUUUUUUGUGCAAUAUGCAGUGUCUUAUUUCUGAAGUCUCAUUCCUGUACAAACUUGUUUGUAUUAUUUAGAAUUUUAUUGGCUCCUCUCUAUUGUCAUGGCCAGCUUGCAUCAGAGUGGGUGCAAGUCCUUUAAACACUUUUUUUAAAUCAGUAUUACUGUGCAGCAGCAACUGUUUAAGGAAAACUUGAUGGACAGCUGGAUUUGCUUGGACCUGAGCAUUCUUGAGAAAGCCAUCCUACCAAGGAUCCUCUUCAGGGGACACUUGCCCAAUGUAGCUAAAGAGAAUUGGGUUGCACCUUGCUCUGCCUGCCCCAUUUUGGUCUUUGUCCACAUAUCUGGGAUCUUGGCAAGUUUGUUAGUGUAAAGUUGUAAUGGUUGUGGAGCAGUAUGUAAUUUGUAGUGUAUAAGACUACCAUUCUGUAAAAGACACCUUAGUUACACAGUGUUAUUACAAAUGAAACUUUAAACAGAGAGGGAUUAAUGAGGCUGUAAAACAAUGUAAAUAAUGGUUAUUUUGUGCUUUAUAUUGAAGCUAUAUGGGAAGUCUGAUGGUAUAAUAAACCACUGUAACACACUCCUUGCUGGCAGUGUAUUACCCAUCUGUUAAUGCUUUAGACAGAAUGCACAUAAUUGUGAUUUUUUUAAACUGUAAAGCUUUGUUGCAUCAUUUUAUGAGGGUGCAAAUUUCUAGCAUAUAUUGUUCAGCCUGUUGUAGAAUGUAAAAUAAAUGUAAUUGUUUUUAAGCACUAUGUGCUAAAUGCAGUGACUGGAAGUUUUAUAUAUUUAAAUAAAAAGAACAAUGUGACAUUACGAAACAGUGGUAUUAUUGUACACAUUCAAUAUUACCCUGCAUAAAUUAAGGAAAGUAUUUUUUGUCUGUUGUUUGAAUGCAAUAUUUGAAAUGUAUGGUAACAUAAGUUAGUAGAUUUACUUAAUAUUGGUUUAAUAAUUGCCAGUGCAGUAGACUAUCUUAAACUCACUCUCUGUAUAUGGUGUCUGCAUGUGUAUGCAUUUUUAUAUACUGAGUGCUUAGAAAGAGCACUCACCGUAUCAUUCUUACCUAUAUGGUAAUAGUGUUAUCUGAUCCUGUCCUUUAAUGCUCUAUCUGUUUUACCAAUGUAGAACGUUUUGAAAAUCAUGCAGUGAGCCAGGUAAACAACGUGAAGAGUGCUACAUGUGGCCUGAAUAUUAAACUUAUAUGUUUUAUUUUGAUCAGGGUGAUGAAAAAUCGCACUACUAUCUAUAUAUUUACAGGUCUGACUAUGUCGGCAUGCUUCAGUGCACCCACUGCGUACAGUACACUGUUCCUGUUUGGGGUAACAUAACCAUCUUUUAAGGGAACACAUGUUCUUAUAGACAAAUGAUGGUUUAACAUCCACUAUAUCUGUAAUUUCACUAUCAUUUGUUAACACUGCCCAAUUUUUCUCUAUAACCUCUUUAUAACAUUUGACAUCACUAGAGUAGGAUAAACAUACUCUCAACCUACAGUUAUUAUUAACCUCAUUCUCAACUUUCUUCUCAUAUUUCUCUCCAAAGUAUGGUCUAGCUCUAGUGUCUCUCAACUUAACUACUUUGUCAAUAUUCUCAGAGAUCUCAUCAUGUUUAUAUCUCCUUGAGACCAAUGCAUCCUUUAAUAAGUCUGUCUGUAUGUUAAAAUCAGACUCUCUUAACACUUAGUCUAGAUGCCCUAUAAGUCUGACUCCUAAUAACACUCCUAAAGACAUGGGGUGGGUGCAUGCUUUCUUUAUAUAGGAGAUGAUUGCAGUGGCAGGGUUUCCUUUAUAGUUCAGUGUGGAUAUAACCAUUGGUGUCACAGAUUACCCUCACAUCUAAAAAAUCAACAAAGGUGGUAGAAAUGUUAUGUGAGAACUUCAAAUAAGUAGUAGUCUCAGUGUAAUUGAUAAAGUCAUGCAAAGUAGACAUCGGACCAUCCCAAAUGAGGAAAAGAUCAUCCACGAAUCUACGAUAAAAGACAACCUGAGCUCUAAAGGGCCCAUCACACACAAAGCUUUGUUCCCAAAUGCUCAUCACGACAUUGGUGUAGCUAUUGGCGCACGAAGUGCCCAUAGCUAUGCCAUGUCGCUGCCUGUAGAGCCUUUGUAGUGAAGGCCAUCAUUUUAGCUCUUGGUCUUUUCUAAAUAGCCUGUUGCUAUUUUGUGGGUAUUUAUUGAAAGGUGAUAGGUGAUUAUUUUUUCAUCAUUUCCAGGUUUUUAUGACAUGGGAUCUACAGAGUAUGUCUUCAACAUGAACAGCAUGAAGAGUUGUGUUAGAUUAAGGAAGGUUGGCUGUGAGGUUAUUGAUAAAUAAUAGGAAUAGGGGAGACAGAAACUGAACAGUGAGGUACACCUAAGUCAAAGGUGCUUUUGUUGUACAGUGAAAUAGGUAAGACUGUAAAUGUUCCCUUGAGCAGGUAACUAUUUUACCAUGUAGAGGGCCGUCAGUGAAGUACAGAAUCUUUGUUCGAUCCACAAGGAGUGAUUCACUUCAUUCAGUGAUGAGCUGUUUGCGCUGAUUCAUGUUUCAGUAGAUGUUGAUAUGCAUGUUCUUAGCUUUCACUGGCUUAGUACUGUGCAUGUGUUGAAAGGAUAUCUCCUCAUGUUGUUUGCUAGCUGAUUGUGUACAAGUUUUGUCAAGAAUUUUGAACAGAGUACAGCGAUUAGAUGUAGGACAAACAUUGUCAGGUAUGGAGGCAUUGUCACAUUGGAGGCGGUAUACAAACAGUAUGCUUGAAUUUUAGAGAGACGGUUCAUGUAGUUAGAGAUUGAAAAUGUGGGUGACUGGUUUCACUUACAGUAGGGCUCCUAGUUUCAGAAGUUUAUGAUGCAAUAUGGAUUGUGGGUUACAAUUUAUAUAAUUUUUUAUGAGUUUAUAUAAACGUAUAUUUCCUGAUGCUGACCAUAUGAUUUACAUAUUUUAAAGCUGGCUUAUA